AGAGAAAAAUGUCUGGCUGCAGCAAAAUCCGCCACAUAGUAAGACUUCGCCAGAUGCUCCGCCGCUGGCGCAAGAAGGCGGCGAUGGCAGCUCGCCCCGCCCCCUCGGACGUGCCAGCCGGCCACGUGGCACUCACAGUUGGCUCCAGUCACAAGCGGUUCGUUGUCCGCACCGCCUAUCUUAACCACCCGGUUUUCAAGAAGCUGCUGGCCCAGGCCGAGGAAGAAUACGGGUUUACCAACUCCGGUCCGCUCGCUAUUCCAUGCGAAGAAUCUCUCUUCGAAGAGAUUCUGCGCUAUUUGAACCGGACCGAGUCGGCCAAGACCAGCUCGGCCCGGUUCAUGAGCUUCGAGGAUUUCCAGCGCUACUGCCACGUCGGACUCCAAAGCAACCUUAAAAUCUUGGCCGAAUCCCGGCCGCUUUUGGAUGGCUUUUGCGACAAGGCCAUUUGGUGAUCAAUUUUGGAGUGAAAAAAAAAAGAAAUUUGGGAUUAAUUCUUUGCUUCAGGAAAAUUCUUGGGUCACAACUGUAUUGUCAGUUGGACCGGUCUAGUAGAUGCUGCAUUCGAUGAAAUAUGCUGAUUGCAGUAUCUAAGUGUAUUGUACAAACAUAUACAGCUUUAGAUACUGCAUUUGGUGGAAAAUCAUCGAAUGAAGCCUAGAUUAUACGCGGGGUUUUUAUAAAUUGUUUGUUUUGUAAUUUUUUUUGAUUACUUGGGAUAUACGUCGGAGAAUGUGCAAUGGAGAUGGCAGAGAUGGUGGCGAGUCGCCACCGAGUCGUCCCGGGUCCGGAUCGGAGCGAUAUAACACACUAAUGCGGGUUGGAGGUGAAGGUUGCACGUGAGAAAUUAAGGGUUGAUCUGGAAAUUGUAAAUGAAAAUAAUUGAUUGAAAGGAAAUAUACAAUGUUUUAUUGUUCCAUAAUGUUUUUUGAAUUAUUUAUGGAGUUGUAUAGUAUUAUUAUUAUUAUUAUUAUAGAGUGAUUAUUGAUUGGUAGAACGUGGGAGUUGCAACGAUAACAACCCAUGUGACAACAAGGUCAGCCCACACAUAAAUUAUUAUGCA